CUAACCUUCUCUUCUUCCCCCUCCCUCACUCCUUCCUCACUCCUCCUCUUCGUCAUUGUCCCAACUGUUAAACAGAAGCAAGACGUUCUGAACCAACCCAUUGAUUAUGAGGGUUUCCAGCUCUUCAUGGCCACAUACCUGGAGAACGACAUCCCAGAGGAGCUGUGUCAGCACCUCUUCACCUCCUUCAAGAGCAAGACCGGAGGAGGCUCCCCCGAUCACUCCCGAGCAGGAACCAGUUUACUGGACGCCCGCUCCAUUGACGCAGGCAUCUCCAUUCAGACUGAAGUGGCCUGUGCCCCCAUCACAGGGAUGAAUGGUAAGAGCAUCCUGUCAGCGAUGGGUCGUCACACCCCCGAUCACUCUGCAGUGAUGACCGCAGCGAGCUCCACCUCCCCCUGUUCCUCUCGCUCCUCCUCUCAGCGCUCAGGGAAGGGGGCCCAAACACCGGGGGGGCCCCAUCGGUCCCCCUGCUCCCAGGUCAGAUCCUCAGAGGCCGGCUGCAACGCCCUGACCCCCAACUCUGGUCCUGGCCGGUCCCCUGCCUCCCCCAAACUCUCCCCAGAGAGGAGUCGCUCUGAGAAGCAUCUGUCGCUGCGGAGGAGCCCGUCGCCCCAGAAGGGAACCCCCCUGCCGGCGCCCCAGGUGGUUUUCCUGAAGGACAUCGUCUGCUACCUGUCGCUGCUGGAGAGGGGGACGCCGGAGGACAAGCUGGAGUUCAUGUUCAGGCUGUACGACACAGACGGCAACGGGGUGCUGGACAGCUCG